UUGGUGCCCAAUGGAUGCUCGUGUGCGCAUGCGCCGUGGCUGUCUUGUUCCUAGUCUGCCUGUCUGCCCAGUAGUCCUUCCUUUAAUUCCGAAGGGUAUUUCUACCCCACCUUUCUCCGCAACUGGGACUCAAGGUGGCUUACAGCAUACCAACAUAUAACAUUCAUCAUAAAAAGGCCACAGAGGCAUGAACACCGCACAGGGCACCGUGGGCAGCGACCCAGUCAUCCUGGCCACCGCUGGCUAUGACCAUACUGUCCGCUUCUGGCAGGCCCACAGCGGGAUCUGCACCCGGACCGUCCAGCACCAGGACUCUCAGGUCAAUGCUCUGGAGAUCACCCCGGACCGGACCAUGAUAGCUGCAGCCGGCUACCAGCACAUCCGGAUGUAUGACUUGAACUCCAACAACCCGAACCCCGUCAUCAACUACGACGGAGUCAGCAAGAACAUCACCUCAGUGGGUUUCCAUGAAGACGGGCGCUGGAUGUACACUGGGGGAGAAGACUGCAUGGCCCGUAUCUGGGACCUCCGGUCACGCAACCUGCAGUGCCAGCGCAUCUUCCAGGUGAACGCACCUAUCAACUGUGUUUGCCUGCAUCCUAAUCAGGCAGAGCUCAUUGUCGGGGACCAGAGUGGGGCCAUCCACAUCUGGGACCUGAAGACAGACCACAACGAGCAGCUCAUCCCAGAACCUGAGGUCUCAGUCAAUUCCGUCCACAUUGACCCUGACGCCAGCUACAUGGCCGCUGUCAAUAGUUCGGGCAACUGUUAUGUCUGGAACCUGACUGGUGGCAUCGGAGACGAGGUGACACAGCUCAUUCCCAAAACCAAGAUCCCUGCCCACAACCGCUAUGCCCUCCAGUGCAAAUUCAGUCCAGAUUCCACGCUUCUGGCCACUUGUUCUGCUGACCAAACCUGCAAGAUCUGGAGGACCUCCAACUUCUCCCUCAUGACGGAGCUGAGCAUCAAGAGCAACAACCCCGGGGAAACCUCCCGAGGAUGGAUGUGGGACUGCGCCUUCUCGGGGGACUCCCAGUACAUUGUCACGGCCUCCUCAGAUAACUUAGCCCGGCUCUGGUGCGUGGAGACAGGGGAGAUUAAGAGGGAGUACAGCGGGCACCAGAAGGCCGUUGUCUGCCUCGCUUUCAACGACAGCGUCUUGGGCUGAGCUGCGAAAGAAAGGACACUCCAGGAAUUUUCAGACUCCCUGUCAUUGUCAUUUGGGUCAAAGCGACAAAUGUUGGUCUAACCUGCAGCCUCAGGACCGUAGCUGACUUCCAUACCUUCUACCUGGAAUGAGACCCACUCCCCCUCUAAACAACAGCAGCUGUAAGAUUUUGCUUCUUGUGGAAGCGGUGGCCUUUCAUAAGCAACAUGAACAACAUUGGUUCUGAACUUAUAAGAAGGGAGGUGUGUUUUGUGUAACAGUUCAGUUUGUGCCGCUUUCCCUCCAAUUGAAGCUGUUAUCACCUCCAAAAGGCUCCAUAGCAUUUGCACACAGGCUUUGUCACUUUGGGGGGGGGGGGGGAGCUGUAAGUUCACUGUUGUAGGAAGAAAAGUGGCUUCUUGAAGAAAUUGCAUAUAUGAUUAUGGUGUCCCAUAGAAUUGGCUGCAUGUUGAACCAGUCUACCAAAGAAUAGGGCUCACAUGAUGCUUAAAGACAGGCUGAAGAGCCAAUAGCCUUAUUCAAGGUUCAUGAUAAGGAGUGGAAGCAGGCUAGAAUCAUCCCUUUCCAUUAUUGCUCUCUUUACGGUAAAGAAAGAUAUCACUUCUCAUGUAAUCUCACCAUACAGUCCAGAACCAUGAAAAACAUCAGCAUUUCCCAUUGCGUAUAGAUGGUUCCACUAUUCACUUUCCAACUGUGUUGUUCUCCUCAUACUGACUGACUGAAUAGAGCUGCUUUUUCUUUAGAAACAUCUCGGCUUUCCUGAAACACACCCAGAUAUUUGCAAAUGAAGGAAGGAACUGUUGAUUUCUCACUUUUCCUGGUAACACAAUAGCUGCAUGGGCUCAUUUCCUCGUUUUGUGCUUUUUACUUCAUUACAUAAUUGUGUACAAAAUGUUUUUAAAAACCCACAAGAUUUCAUUUUACAUGGUAAGGCACGUAUGACGCAGGCUUAAGAGCGCCUUUUCUACCCCAUCAGUGCAGCUACUUCUAGACAAAAAUGGUUAUUUACAGGUUACAAGUGGAAGGCAACACUUCUUUGUAAAUGUAUACUGAUAAAGACUGCAAUACAGCA